GACGAUUGCAAGCGGAUAUAGGAAGCAUGCAGUCAAAGAAACAAGGUAUUAUAAGAUCGGCCGAAUCUCUCGAGGGAGAGAUCAAAGAACAGGAAGAUAGGAGGAGCAAGUUGGAAGAAAGAAUAAGUAAGGUCAGAAUGGCUAGGACUCAGCUGAGUAGCAAACUAGACGAACUAAGUUCCGCAGCCGAACCUGAAGUACAAAAUGUGCAUUACCUGGAGCAAGAGUUAGAUGAGUUGAAGACGUUCGAAACCGAGAAAACGGCGGAAUUGGAUCAGCUGAAUGCUGAAUCUAAACGAAUCAAAACAUCAAUAAUGGCUGAAGAAGAAAAAUUAAAACAGUUAGGUCGAUCAACAGAAGAGUAUGACAAUAGGAUACAAUCAUUACAGAAUGAAGUUAAGGAAAGCCGUUCGCAGUUGCAAAGAAUAUCCAGCAGUGAUGAAUUUGACAAAAGGCGGAUAGCGGAAUAUAAAGAGAAGUUGAAAACCGCCAAGGAACAAGAAUCGUUGUGUAUGGAUACGUUGAAAAAAUUGGAGGAAGGUGCCAUUAAAGUCGGUGAUAGGAUAUCAGAUUUAAGGCAAGUCGAAAGGAUCACGAAUGAAAUAAAUCGGACAAAGCAUCGAAUAGAGAGCAUUGAAACGGAUACGGGCAAUAUAAAUGCCGUCAAAAAGAGAUAUAAGGAAUUGGAGGAGAAGCAAAGAAAUUGCACUGAAUUGAUCAGCUGCUUGCAAACUGACAUAAAAGAAUUGAAGACGGCAUUAGAACAGAGAAAGUCUUACUAUCAAAAGACAGAAAAAUAUUUUAUUACGACAAUAAAAUGUUAUUUCGCAAAGAUACUAGAAUCGAGGCAGUUCAAGGGAUAUAUGGACAUAAAAAUGAAAGAAGAAACGUUGGAGUUGGUAGUUCAACCGCAACAUGGCUCGCAGGGAGUCACCACCACAGCAAAUCUGUCUGGUGGCGAGAGGUCUUUUUCAACUGUUGCAUUCCUCUAUUCUCUGUGGCAGUGCAUGGAAUUUCCAUUUUACUUUCUUGACGAAUUUGACGUGUAUAUGGACAAAUUGAAUCGGACCAAGGUGAUAGACAUCCUGGUCAAUCAUGCGAAAUCCAGGCCACAACUACAAUUUGUAUUUUUAACUCCGCAAGAUGUGUCGUUUAUCAGCAAGGAUGUAUCCAUUCUAAGGUCGCACGGUCUUAGAAGAACAUAUCGGCAGUUCUGCUUAUCGACGUAACCGUUCAGUUGAGAAUUUGCCUCACCAGAGAAGAUGAUUUUCUUCGAGAAAUCCGCAUCAAUUUGGUGGUGCUCCAACGCCCAAUCAACGAAUUCACGGCGCUGCGUUCUUGCUUGCUUGCAAGCGAGAUCUUUUAUCACAAUUCGGUGCAGAGUAGGUCUGGCUUGCCGACCCAGAGAGAAUCCAAGCAGAAUGAACAUAUUUCCAAUUACUGCGUAUGUUUCAGACUUCGCAGUGUGAUAGUUUACGCCCUUUUCUAUGUAUAUUUUAUAAGUACCUUAUUUUUUUAUUUGUAAGGACUCCAAAGAAUAUAUUUGUUACAUCCAUAUGAAUUAUAAAAAAUAGUUUUAUAAAUGUUCGCAUACUUAUCCUUUAAGCAAAUUGCUCAGGAAACGUUUGCUGUUAAAAGUUGUACCAGUGUUUCGUUCAUUAAAUUAUUUUGUAUUA